GUGAGCCUCUACCACCUCGUGCACCGAAGCUACCAUCCCCUAUCCUCAAUCCACAACCUCACUGAUCAAAUAUUUCCGACCCAAUUAAUAUCACUCUCGAAAGAUAUUAGAUUGUACAGCGAAUGUAUUGAGCGACUUUUCCCAUCAACCCCUGGACGGCUCGGCGCUCGCACGCGCAUCUUACCUCCCCUGACGAAUUCUGAUAACCGUCAAGCUGGCGAGCGCACAUAACCCACGGGCUUCGGCCCGGUUGCUACGGUCGCAUGGUAGAUGUGUUCAGCAUAUUCAAUGCCCUAGCCAACGGCCCUGUCGACUCUACGGAACAGUUCAAUCCUCACGCGAGCGACCUUCCUCCAGAGCGACCGAGACCGAACGAAGCGUUGCCUUCGGAUACAAGGACCAGCGACCAUGGGCUGGGGCAUCAUCCAACGGUGUAGCUACAGACCCUAUCCCGAGAAACCUACGCUCUGAUCCUCAGUUUUACGUCCCCUCCGUGCUCUUACCGGCAGAAGCAUCGAAAUCUCCUACCGUUCACAAAAUCCAUAUUCUUGGCGAUGACGCCCGAUCCAAAUUUAUCGCCCAUGCGCUCUCCAGCGUAUACGACUCAGUGGAGCUGUUAGGCUCUGCCUGCCACCCGACAUCACGAUUUGGCAACAUAUUAAAACGAAAGGCUCGAGGUGCUACGGAACCGGUUGUGCCAGAGGUCCUGGCUGCGAAGACGAGUAUGGCAUCAGCAGAGGACGAGUCCCCCAUUGAGAAUCUCAUAAUCACCGGAAAAGGGCACCGUGCCACCAAAGCGCUGGAGUCUGUUAAGCACCGCGUCGACAAGGAUUCCACAAUCUGCUUUAUGAACGACGGCCUCGGUGUAUUGGAAGACGUACGCAGCAAGUUCUUCAACGAUACGACCCAGCGACCAACAUUAUUAUACGGACACAUGAGCCAUCGUCUAGGGCUGAACAAAGAACAUGACGCAGUCAAAGAGAUUUGCUCUGGUCAAGUGAUGCUUUCUAUGCCAGCAAACAGGCACGGGAAGCGUCAUGGCCUGCAGCAGCUGACGGAGAACUCGCAUUUCCUGGAAUCAUUUGCCAAAGCAGACGGUCUUCGGGGCGCAUUUUCGCCACUGGAUGCUUGGUUGCGCUUUAAGCUGCCAAGCGUCAUCUUCGAAUCGACAGCCGAGCCAAUCUGCCUCCUUUUCGAUAUCUCCUACGAAGGCAUCAUUCAGAACCCAGCAGCUAUGCAGAUGAUGCAUAAGCUGCUAGAUGAGAUUCUUCUGGUUGUGGAGGCUUUGCCAGAGGUACAAGGCUCUGUUAUUAUUCGGGAUUUUGUCCGCGGCCCUGGCCCCAAGAGGCUAUUGUACAACAUGCUAAACGAGAAGCGCAAGCAAGACAGCGAAUUACGAUGGCGGGUAGAGAAUGGAUUGCCUACAGACAUCAAUUUCUUGAACGGAUACUUUGUAUCACGGGCUAAGAAGCUUGGUCUGGAUAUUCGUUCCAAUAUGAUGAUGUGGAAUAUGGUCAAGAGCAAGCACUCGAUUGCGAUUGAGAAGCAAAACAGCUAUAUUCCCAUGGAAGAGACGUCUGUUCCUAGCGAUCUGGGAUUUAAAUUCAGGACUCGACCGCGAAAGUAGACCGGCUGGUCAACUGUACAUCACCUUACACAUUUCAUAGACUCUGACCGGAUUUGUAGCAUAGGCGCAACGGAGGUAUAUAUUUUGUAACAUUUAAAGAAAAUACACACUACAUCAUCUUAAAUCAAGU